GUCACUGGCCUGCGCCAGCAGAAAGGGCGCUGUGCGUUGCACGUGAGCGAGGGCGCGGGCGGGCCCAUGGCGAGCUCCGCGGGGCUGGCGCUGUGCGGCCAAACGCUGGUGGUGCGGGGCGGCAGCAGAUUCCUGGCCAUCUCCACUGCAAGCAGUGACGAUGACUGUGCCGUCUUCACGUACGACUGCAGUGCUGCGGAGAAGAAGCCCUCGCCAGAAGAUAAAGGGGAGGACGGACAGCCCACAGACAAGGGGAGUGACACGAUUCUGGCGUCCACCUUCUCCAAGUCUGGCAGCUAUUUUGCUUUAACUGAUGACAGUAAGCGUCUGAUUCUUUUCCGUACAAAACCAUGGCAAUGUCUGAGUGUCAGGACUGUGGUGCGGAGGUGCACUGCCCUGACUUUCACAGCCUCAGAAGAUUGGGUCCUGGUGGCUGACAAGUCUGGAGAUGUCUACUCCUUCUCGGUGCAGGAGCCCGAUGGAUGUGGCAAGCUGGAACUUGGGCACCUCUCCAUGCUGCUAGACGUGGCUGUGAGUCCUGAUGACCAACUUGUGCUCACUUCGGAUCGGGAUGAGAAGAUCCGGGUCAGCUGGGCUGCUGCUCCGCACAGCAUCGAGGCUUUCUGCUUGGGACACACAGAGUUUGUGAGCCGCAUCUUGAUUGUGCCCAGUCACCCUGAGCUGCUGCUUUCCUCCUCUGGGGAUGGUACCUUGAGACUUUGGGAGUACAGGAGUGGCUGCCAGCUGCAGUGCUGUGACCUGGCCAGCCUACGGGAGCCUGCAGACCACCAAGGCCACAAGGGGUUGGCUGCAUCCAGGAUUGCAUUCUGGAGACAAGAGAGCUGUGUGGUGCUUCUGUGUGAGUGCGUUCCUGUGGUCUUCAUCUUCCAGCUUGACGCCAGCAAACAGCAGCUGGUGUUCAUGCAGCAGCUGACUUUCCCUCAUCGCGUGUGGGAUGUCGUCUUUGAGGAGUCGCAGGGGCUGUGGGUUCUGCAGGACUGUCGUGAUGCUCCCCUAGUGCUCUGGAGGCCCGUGGGUGGUCAGUGGCAGGCUGUUCCUGAAGGUGCUGUGUCCCGGAGACUCUGCAGCCAUCUCCGUGAGAGCUGGGCCAUGCUGGAAGGCUCUGUGGGUGCAGAUGAUGCCUUCCGCAGUCUUUACAAGGUCACCUUUGACAACAUGACCUCUUAUCUGAAGAAGAAGGAAGAGAGAGUACAGCAGCAGCUGAAGAAGCGACGAAGGAGCCCCCUCCCACAUUCCCCAGAGCAGACCAAAAAGGCGUCCCCGGGGCAGUCAGCCCUUAGUUGCUGACCUUGGGCUUGGCAGCAGCUCUCCCUUCUCCCUCCUGCCUGGUUCGUCCACAAGGAGGGAGAUCACGGCAGCUCAGUCCCUGCCCCUAUCUCCACAACCAUCUUUGUCACAGAGGACAGCCUCCUGGUUAUCUGUGCCUCCUGGUGGCAGGAAGGAUGAGGUGUGUUAGCCUAGCUAAUGAUUCUGCACAGCUGUGUGGCAGCGCCUUCACAUUGAAGGACACACUGACCUGCUGCUCCACGUCUGUCUGCCAGUGCCCACAGCGCUGCCUGCAGGUCAUCUCUAGGAGUCCCUCGGGCAGGACCUGUGUCCACGCCAUUGCUGUGCGCUCUCCAGGGGGAGCCCGGCGUGGCUCACAGGGAGCUGCUUGCUGCUGGCAGAUUCAGUUGGUGCCGUUGCUCUGUACUCAUGAAGCCACCUGUGGUGAGGGCCUCAGUCUGGGCCACGCAGGGAAGCAGGCAUGGUAUCGGUGUGGAGCAGGCCUGCUACAGGGCAUGUAAGGAUACGACCUUGGCCAGGCCUGGAUGCACAGGGAUGACCUGUGAUGUGGGUCCAUCGCUUUGAACUCUGCAGAACAAGAACAGCAGGGAAUCAGCUGAACACAGCAUCAAUAAAGACAAACUUUUCAUAGCUUUCUA